CGCGGCUGUGGUGGAGGCAUUUUCUGGAUAGUUGCCACCUGUAACCAUGCGAGGCUUUGGGCCAGGUCUGGCAGCGCGGCGACUCCUUCCGCUGCGGCUACUCCGGCAGCCCUGGCGGCCGCCAGGACCCCGGCUGUCAAGCGGGCCGGCAGCGGCGGGCGUCCUGGAGCGGGCCAUGGACGAACUGCUGCGGCGCGCCGUGCCCUCAGUGCCGGCCUACGAGCUUCGCGAGAAGACGCCGGCCCCAGCCGAGGGCCAGUGCGCGGACUUUGUGAGCUUCUACGGCGGCCUGGCCGAGGUGGCGGAGCGCGCCGAGCUGCUGGGCCGUCUGGCGCAGGGCUUCGGGGUGGACCAUGGCCAGGUCGCCGAACAGAGCGCCAGUGUGCUCCAGUUGCGCCAGCAGCCGCGGGAGGCGGCCGUGCUACUGCAGGCAGAGGACCGGCUGCGCUACGCCCUGGUUCCACGCUACCGCGGCCUCUUCCACCACAUCAGCAAGCUGGACGGCGGCGUGCGCUUCCUGGUGCAGCUGCGGGCUGACCUGCUUGAGGCGCAGGCCCUCAAGCUGGUGGAGGGGCCGCACGUCCGGGAAAUGAAUGGAGUGCUGAAGGGCAUGCUCACAGAGUGGUUUUCCUCAGGCUUCCUGAACCUGGAACGAGUGACCUGGCAUUCGCCGUGUGAAGUGCUGCAGAAAGUCAGUGAGUCUGAGGCUGUGCAUCCUGUAAAAAAUUGGAUGGACAUUAAACGGCGCGUCGGGCCGUACCGAAGGUGUUACUUCUUUUCCCACUGUGUGAACCCCGGGGAGCCCCUGGUGGUCCUGCACGUGGCGCUGACCAGUGACGUCUCCAGCAACAUCCAGGCAAUAGUGAAGGAUUAUCCUCCAUCAGAAACAGAGGAGAAGAACAAAAUUGCCGCUGCCAUCUUUUAUUCCAUCAGCCUGACCCAGCAAGGCCUGCAGGGGGUGGAGCUGGGGACCUUCCUCAUAAAGCGGGUGGUGAAGGAGCUACAGAAAGAGUUUCCUCACCUUGGGACAUUUUCCAGUCUGUCUCCUAUACCCGGCUUCACCAAGUGGCUCUUGGGGCUCCUGAACUCACAAGCAAAGGAUCAUGGGAGGAAUGAAUUAUUUACAGAUUCUGAGUGUAAAGAAAUCUCUGAGAUCACAGGGGGGCCUACUCAUGAGACCCUUAAGGUCUUUCUCAGCAGCAACGAAUGGGUGAAGUCUGAAAAGCUGGUCAGGGCACUUCAGGCCCCCCUGAUGCGCCUCUGUGCCUGGUACCUGUACGGAGAGAAGCACCGGGGCUACGCCCUGAACCCCGUGGCGAACUUCCACCUGCAGAACGGGGCUGUGAUGUGGCGCAUCAACUGGAUGGCCGACCUCAGCCUCAAGGGCAUCACCAGCUCGUGUGGCCUGAUGGUCAACUACCGGUACUACCUGGAGGAGACAGCCACCAACAGCACCACCUACCUGAGCUUGAAGAACAUCAAAGCCUCCGAGCAGGUCCUCAGCCUGGUGGCCCAGUUCCAGAAGAACAGCAAACUCUAACCCUUCCCCGAAGCAGACAGAGACAUCCCUGGCUUAGAAAAACAACUUUCUGGAUGGGUCAGCGGGUGACGGGUCAGAAGGAGCUCUCUGAGUAAAGCAGUCACGCUGCAUUCUCGGCCGCAGCAGGGCCACACGGGCAGGCCGGGCUGCAGAGUUCGUUGUACACGGAAAGGCGCAAUACCUGGCCAUAAGGCAGGGGCAGGUGAGGUGGACACAGACUGGGUGGGGAGGCAGUGCUCUCUCCAGGAGAUUCUGUUGUUGCCUUCGGCCUGGCUGCCUGCCCAGGGUCGGAGCUAUGGUGCCUCUAUCUCCAGAAAGCCCCAAAGCCGCGGCCAGCUGUCAUCCCAGGUGGGUCAAGCAGCCUCACAGGGACCCGGACAGACGGCCCAGGUACAGAUGGAUUUCCCUUUGAGCCUAGAACAUAAUUCAGCUGUGGCGACUCACUGUCACUCUCCAGCCACUGCAAAGGGGCAGAGGGCUCUGCUAUGUUUUACUGGUCGCGUUUCGGAGAUCACAAACGUAUGGAAUGGUUCGUGACUUUACACACAGCUUUCCAAGUAAAAUCACUGCACACAGAAAGUUGCUUAGGGCUUCGAUUCAGUUAUGGACUUUUAAGUUUUUAGUGAUUCAAGUUCAUAAUGACCUUAAUAGUAAAGAACAAGUCUGCUCUGCGAAGCAUUAAACACAUGGUUAUUUAA